GCCAAAUAAAGGGGAUACAUAGUCCAAGUGUGUACAAGAUUAUUUUAUCUUUUCGUAAGUACAUACAGAUAAAGUGAUAACGUAAACGGUAAUGUAACCGAUCUGAAUAUGUGUCCAUGUUAAUACGAAGAUGUACGGCCAAAUGUCUCGUCCUUUAAUUGUCUUUUUACUAAUAUUAUCAGUAUGCCAGUCUAUUCAUUAUGAACCGAACUGGGAAUCUCUCGAUUCCAGACCGCUGCCAUCUUGGUACGACGAGGCAAAGAUAGGAAUCUUUCUUCACUGGGGGGUGUUUUCUGUCCCCAGUUUCUAUUCAGAAUGGUUUUGGAAACGAUGGAAGGAUGGGGAGCCAAGUGUCGUAAACUUCAUGAAACAGAACUACAGACCCGACUUCACGUAUGCAGACUUCGCUCCCAUGUUCCAGACAGAGUUCUAUGAUCCCAAUAAGUGGGCAGAUCUUUUUCAAGCUGCUGGAGCUCGGUACGUUGUUCAGGUGACCAAGCAUGUAGAAGGUUUCACAAGUUGGCCAUCCAAAUACUCCUGGAAUUGGAACGCUAUGGAUGUGGGCCCUAAACGGGAUCUCGUAGGUGAAUUGGCUUCUGCCAUUCGAAAUCGAACCAACAUUCACUUUGGUGUGUACCAUUGUCUGUACGAGUGGUUCAACCCGUUGUUCCUGCAGGACACGGCAAACAAAUUUCAGACGAAUGACUUUGUUAUGAGAAAGACUCUCCCCGAGCUGUAUGAGCUGGUCAACAAGUACGAGCCUGAUCUUUUGUGGUCUGAUGGGGACUGGAUGGGUCCAGACUGGUAUUGGAACUCUACAAUCUUCUUGGCCUGGCUCUAUAAUGAAAGCCCAGUAAAGGACAAAAUUAUUGUCAAUGAUCGGUGGGGAUACAAUACACGCUGCAAACAUGGUGGUUUCUGGGACUGUGCUGACAAGUUCAAUCCUGGCAAACUGAUGCCUCAUAAAUGGGAGGAUUGUAUGGCUAUUGAUAAACAAUCCUGGGGAUACAGACGCACUACAACUGUGGAUGAACUUUAUUCAAUAAAGGAACUCAUUGCCUUGCUUAUUGAAAUUGUCAGUUUUGGCGGGAACCUUCUAGUGAAUGUGGGUCCCACAUCCUACGGAACAAUUGCACCAAUUUUUGAGGAGCGACUGCGACAAAUGGGAUCAUGGCUGGAUGUGAACGGUGAUGCUAUUUACGCCACCAAGCCAUGGACAUAUCAAAACGACUCCAUGACACCCGGGGUGUGGUACACUAGCAAGGCUGGGACGUCUGGAACUGAAGUCUAUGCCAUAACUAUAAAGUGGCCAUCUUCAGUCCUUACUCUGGCAGAUCCUGUGGUUUCCAUUGAUACAACAGUUAGUCUCCUUGGAUACUCUGGAAGUGUAAAAUACAAGCCGGGAGUGGCUGGUGGAAUUGAGAUUUAUGCACCUGAUUUAAAUAUUGAGGACAUUCCUUGUCUGUGGGCGUGGACAUUUAAAAUGACGGGCCUGAAAAAUGCAUAAAUAUAACUAGUGUAUUAAUUUCUCAUCCUUUAUGAACAUUAUACCAUUACAACCAUAUUAUUCCAGAUAGAACAAAUUUAGUUUUAAUUGGUAUAAUUAUGAAUAAAAAUUCAGGACUCUUAUAAAAUAUUUUCUUUUAUUUAAUAUAUAAUUGAUGACGUAAUUUGUGACAUCACAUUUUGUAUUAUACAAAUAAAUAAAUAAUUAUAAAAAUGUAA